AUGAAGUCAUUAAUCAGGCUGAAUGUGAACGAGAAGAACUUAGAAGGUAAGACGGCAUUGGAUAUCCUAAAACCUGGAAAUGUUGAAGCAAGGGAAAUUUUAAUGAGCGCAGGAGCCAGAGAUCUUGUCGAUGAUUCUAACACUACUGAAAAUUACUUGAAGUCAAAUUUAACGUGGAAAGAUAGUAUUAUCAAAGUUGGUGCUUACCUGGAUUUUGGUUUGCCAGAGAAUAUGCGAAACACUAUCCUAGUAGCAGUUGUUCUUAUUGCAACUGCUGCAUUUCAAGCCGCUCUCACUCCCCCUUUAGGGAUUUCUGACAUUGAUACCACUCCUGUUUUUCCCAGCAUCACUUCUGUCUAUAAUGCUACUACUACAACCAAUUCCACUAGCACCAACUUGUACAGCAAAACCAAAAGAACUGCAAAAAUAAGUAUAUUUUUCAACACAAUCGCCUUUGGACUUGCAAUGGGAACGUGUUUUAUACUUACGCUCGAUCCACUCCAGUUGUUUCUCUUCCUACCUCUUUUGCUAUUUUCGGCAAGCUAUGCAGCUUUGGCAUAUGGAAUAUACCCAGGUACAGAAGCUUUUUUUCUUCCGUUUGCGGUGGGGUCAUUAGUCCUACUGCCUUUCUCGACGCUAAUUCCCUGGAGAAGGAUAGUACACAGAGGGCUAAUAAGGGGUGGAGAAAACUACUCCAACUACAACCUUGACGAGGUGAAGUAUCUCAUAUUUGCUAACAUUUAUGCGCAUCAUCAAGGAAACCUACGCAUGAGGAUGGCUAAAAUGAAAGCAUCUAGAUGGAAGGCCAAGGAAAAUAAUGUGUAG